AUGACCAGACUCCAGGGGUCCUGCCUGCUCCUGCUUGCCCUUCUGGUAGCUCUGCUGGCCAGCACAGAUCCAGACAAAAAUAAGGUCAAGGUGUUAAGGGAAUUAAAAGUCAUUGAUGCCUCAGAUGCCAACAUGAAGCAGUGUCUGUGGUUUGCCAUGCAAGAGUACAACAAAGAAAGUGAGGAUAACUACAUCUUCCGAGUGGUCAAGGUAAUACAAGUCCAGCUGCAGAUCACAGACCAUUUGGAAUACUUUAUUGAUGUUGAAAUUGCCCGCAGCAAUUGCAGAAAGCUUUCAAACAAUAAUGAAAACUGUGUCAUUCAGGAAAACUCCAAACUGGAAAAGAAAAUAAUAUGCAGCUUUUUGGUUGGAGCGCUCCCCUGGAAUGGUGAUUUCACUGUGAUGAAGAAGCAGUGUGCGGACACCUAG